AGCGCCACAGUCCUUUGGUUAGAAAGCGGUAAGGUCCACUUUUUCAGUCGACUUAUAAUUUCGUUUUUAUAUUCGUUGCGAUAUACUGUGAUUGAACAGACGUCUUUAAAAUGGCUGCUGCUGCUGAGAACAGUCCACGACUCACUCAGUUCAAAAACAAAGGAAAAGAUGUCACCGAGCUGAGGCGCCGAAGGAUCGAAGUCAAUGUUGAGCUUCGUAAAGCAAAGAAAGACGAGCAGAUUUUGAAAAGGAGAAACGUGAGCAGUCUACCGGACGAGGCCACCUCUCCUCUUCAAGAGAAAAGCCAGAACUGUCAGUCUGGUUACCUGAGGAACGUCACCUGGACCCUGUCAAACAUGUGCCGCAAUAAGAACCCUGCACCUCCCCUGGACGCCGUGAAACAGAUGCUGCCAACACUUCUCCGUCUUUUGCAUCAUGAAGAUAAGGAGGUGCUGGCGGACACCUGCUGGGCAAUCUCAUACCUGACCGAUGGGCCCAAUGAAAGGAUCGAGGUUGUGGUGGAAACUGGCGUGGUUCCUCGACUGGUGCAGCUACUGGGAUCAGGCGAGCUCUCCAUUGUGACCCCUUCACUGCGUUCCAUCGGAAACAUCGUCACUGGUACAGAUGACCAGACCCAGGCGGUGAUCAGCGCUGGCGCUCUUUCCAUGUUCCCUGCUCUGCUGCGCCACCAUAAGAACAACAUUCAAAAGGAGGUGUCCUGGACCCUGUCCAACAUCACGGCUGGCAAGGACUAUCAGAUUCAGGAGGUCAUCAAUGCUGGCAUUGUGCCUUACCUGGUGGAAGUUCUCCGACGGGGUGACUACAAGACCCAGAAGGAGGCCGUGUGGGCAGUGACCAACUACACCAGCGGAGGCACAGUAGAGCAAGUGGUUUACCUUGUUCAGGCCAACAUACUAGAACCCUUGCUGAACCUGCUCUCCACUAAGGACAGCAAAACUAUUCUUGUCGUCUUGGAUGCAAUCAGCAAUAUCUUUUUGGCUGGUGAAAAGAUUGGUGAGGUUGAAAAGCUGUCCCUGAUGAUUGAGGAAUAUGGCGGCCUGGACAAAAUCGAAGCUUUGCAAUCCCAUGAAAAUGAAAUGGUCUACAAGGCCUCCCUCAACCUCAUUGAAAAGUAUUUCUCUGGAGAGGAGGAAGAGGACGAAUGCGUUGCCCCCGAAGCGACAACCGAUGGCUAUGCGUUCCAGAUCAGUGAAAGCCAAAGCACUUUCAACUUCUAAAUCUCUAAACUGUGAUCUCUUUGUAUGAUUGUUCUGAACAUUUCCUCACGCCACUCGUCUUGUUCAUGUCUGUCUUUUGUGAGGACCUCGUGUUCCGAGUUGUACAUACGAAUCUGUUUCAAUUUUAUUUGUUGUAAAUAAAAAAAAAAUGGAAAAGAA